UGCUAAUUUAAUUAUUCCGCGACAAAUUUCUUAUUGUCAAUGUUAUCUUUACCAUGUUGUAAAUUUAUUUGCCAAUACGUCCCACAAGUGAAAUGUUCAUCUUAAAACACUUAAAGUUUAUUGGCUUUCUGAGUGCUUGUUUUAUUUGCUGCCAAGGGUUUGUCAAAUCGUAUCCAAAGAAAUCCUAUGCUGCCUCAACAAUGGAACUGAUGAAGCUCCUAGAGGUGGAGGAUGAACUGGUGGACAAUUUAAAUGGCUAUGUGAAAACACUGAAAAUUAAAUUCAAUUUAAUGGAAAGAUCCCUAAUAGAUAUGAGUAUAGAGCACAACGAAAUGAAAAGUGAGUAUGAAUCCUACUUGGGAAAUCCAUUGAACAGCUUUCGACUAAUACAUCGCCUACACACGAGUUGGAGAAAAUGGUAUCAAUAUGCCAUUAGGAUCGAGAAUAAUGCUUUAGUGCACAUUGAGAAUGCCCGACUGAUGAGAAAGAUGCUACCCACCUCGUCGGAUUUGCAGCAGGCGUGUCGUGGAAUCCAUGACUUGAUGUCCUUUUACGAUCUGAAGCCAGAAGAACUGGCAGCUGGUAAUUUAGCAGGGCACUCGCAGCCAGAAACAGGACUGACAGCUUACGAUUGCUUAGCGCUCGGGGAGUUUAGCGUUCAAAAACGAAAGGACGAUCUUGCCGAGGCUUGGUAUAACCUUUCUUUGAAUCGUUUUGAAAAUAAAUUCGACAAAUACCGAGUGCACAAGGCGUGGGCCAUUCUUUUGGCGAAGAAUAAGCAAUUUACUGAAGCCUUUCACCACUUCGAGAACAAGCCAGAGGAAAUAGUCGCCAGCAAUGAAGUCAUACACUUCGAGGAGGAGUUGGCGACUAAGCAGAACUGCACUGCUGUGGUCCAAAAACCAAGUCGACUCCACUGUCGGUACAACACCUCCACGACGCCCUUCACGCGGAUUGCCCCUCUUAAGAUGGAGGAGCUGAGCUUAGAUCCGUACAUGGUGGUCUUUCACGAUGUGGUUUACGACACCGAAAUUGAUGGAAUGCUAAACUCAAGUAAUUUCGUAUUAUCACUUACUGAUUCGGGCCAGAAGUCGGAGGUGAGAACGUCCAAGGACUCAUAUAUAGUGGAUGCUAAAUCUCUAAAUGAGCGCGUAACCGAUAUGACCGGAUUCAGUAUGGAGAUGAGCGAUCCAUUUUCGCUGAUUAAUUACGGCUUAGGUGGGCACUACAUGUUGCACUACGACUUUCAUGAAUAUACGAAUACGACCAGGCCAAAGCAAGGGGAUCGCAUUGCUACUGUUUUGUUCUACCUGGGAGAAGUUGACUCGGGUGGCGCCACAAUCUUCCCGAAGAUUAAUAUUGCCGUUACGCCCAAGAAGGGCUCAGCGGUCUUCUGGUACAAUCUGCACAAUUCCGGAGCUAUGAAUUUGAAAUCCCUGCACUCAGCGUGUCCUGUGAUAAGCGGUUCCAAAUACGUGCUAACGAAGUGGAUAAACGAACUGCCGCAAAUGUUUGUCACACCAUGCAUGAAAGACUCGAACCUACACCUACCCCAAAAAGAAUAAUCCUUUAUCCGCCCAUCCAGUGCUGCCAAGUAACUGAGUAACCGGAGAGAGCGAAAGAGAGGGCCAAAAGUUUGUUUGGCGUAUCUUCGGCUUACC